AGGCACGGCUCCUUGGCCGCCGGGCGCAUGCGCAGCGGGGCUCUCCGGGAUGUCUCCGGUGCACUCCAAGCCCGAUUCGGCGCCGCUCUCGCGGAGGUUGCUGGCGCGCUACCUGCUCCUCCUCCGCCUUUAUCCGGUGCUCACCAAGGCCGCCUCCAGUGCCUUCCUGUCAGCUCUAGGGAGUCUCCUGUCCCAAGUAAUUGAGAAGAGCCAGAAAAAGAAGAGCCUUGACUGGCGGGAACCCCUCCGGUUUGCUACCUAUGGUUUCUUAUUCACCGGACCUCUCAGCCAUUACUUCUACCUCUACCUUGAGCAACUCAUUCCUUCCGACGUACCGUUUGCUCUCAUCAAACGUCUGCUGGUAGACCGUCUCAUUGUCUCCCCGGCCUUCCUGGCCCUCUUUUUCCUGAUCAUGAACUUUUUGGAGGGGAAAGAUAUGUCUGAGUUCUCCAAAAAGAUGAAGUCUGGUUACUGGACAUCCUUAAAGAUGAACUGGAAAGUAUGGAGCCCCGUCCAGGUCAUUAACUUCACUUACGUCCCUUUGCAGUUCCAGGUGCUCUUUGGAAACCUCGUUGCCGUCUUGUGGUUUGCCUACUUGGCAUCGGUCAAGAAGAGAUGAGGCGAAAUCUGCGGUUCUGGCCCGGCAAAGGAGAAGGCCGUGGUUUUUCCCCUUGAGGUGGCGGAAGGAAGGAGCAGAGGAAGGCGGCUUGUGAGCCUGAUGGGCCACUUCUCUCCCUUUGCAAGCUGCCCUCCGGCUUUCAUCCUCACAUCUGGGUCCUGGAUGAAGGGACUCCCCUUGUUGCUUCCCCCUCCCUCCCCCCCAAACACAGCACACCUAAUAGCCAUCACUUAACAAAAGGCCAUUUUGUGCUCUUCUUUUCAGACCUUUUCCAGACGCGAUUGCUGGAAAGAUUUUUCUGUGGGCAAGGAUCAGAACGGGCCAUUAAACAUGUGUGCGCCUGGUUUCCUGAGCAGUAAACAUAACGAGAACAGUACUUUGAAUUAAAAAAAAAAGCCCUACACAAUGACUGUGUUGUUAUUGUUUUUUAUAAUGUUUUUUUUUGCAUUUUCCUUUUCUGUUAAGAACAGGUGUUCAGGUCUGUUAUCUUCAGCUUCUUCGCUUCGCUGCCAUAAUGCCCUAAAUGCAGAGGAGGAGGAAAAAGAAUUUGGGGAAGCAAAGGUCGGGCAUAGGGUGUGGGGAGACAAGCUAAUGAGAACCAGAGGUGCCAAACCAGAAUAAGCUAGCUGGCAAGGACACCCGGCCUGGGAAGAGAAUGCAAAACUAUAUUGAACAGCACCAAGCAGCAAAACGGUUCCCGAAACAUCAAGACAGCAUACUGCUGGGCACUAGUGGACUGGUCAGGGGGGAAGGACCAGAGGAAAGGGAAAAUAUGUAACCUUUGUGCGGGAAUACUCGGAUCUAGCUUUCCUUUCGCGGCAACCACUUAACUUUAGUAAAAGAACCUAUCAU